UGGGGACACGGGGACAUGGGAGGGACACCGGGACAGGGGGGACACCAGGUCCUGGCGCUGCUCGGCACCCGCGUCCGGCUGCGCGGCUUCGGCGGCUACCGCGCCCAGCUGGACACCCGCACCGACUCCACGGGCACGCACUCGCUGUACACCACCUACCACGGCUACGAGGUGAUGUUCCACGUCAGCACCAUGCUGCCCUUCACCCCCCGCAACCCCCAGCAGCUGCUGCGGAAGCGCCACAUCGGCAACGACAUCGUGACCAUCGUGUUCCAGGAGCCGGGCGCGCUCCCGUUCUCGCCGCGCGCCCUCCGCAGCCACUUCCAGCACGUGUUCCUGGUGGUGCGCGUGCACGAGCCCGGCACCCCCCGCACCUCCUACAGGUGGGGGUCCCCGAGGGGUGGGGGGGGGUCACGGGGGGCGCUCACACGAGGGGUUCUNGGGGGUCGGGCCCCCCCCCCCAGUGUCGCUGCCCCCCCCCCCAGGAGUUUCUCGGAGCUCUACGCUCGCUCGCUGGAGCAGGGCCGGGGCUCGGGGGGGGACCCCGACCCUGGGGACCCCCACGGGGACAUCGGGGACACCAGCAGCGACUCGGGGGGGGACAGCGACACUGGGGGGGGGUCCCCCGACCCCCUGAGGGUGCUGGAGCUGGAGGAGGAGAGCACCCCCUUCCCCCCCCGCCCGAGGAGCCCCAAAAACCCCAGCGGGGACCCCCCCAGCCCGUCCCCCCCCAUGGCUGACCCCACUCCGGACCUGCUGCUGCCACACCGCAGCCCCCCCCCGCUCUACGCUCGCUCGCUGGAGCAGGGCCGGGGCUCGGGGGGGGACCCCGACCCUGGGGACCCCCACGGGGACAUCGGGGACACCAGCAGCGACUCGGGGGGGGACAGCGACACUGGGGGGGGGUCCCCCGACCCCCUGAGGGUGCUGGAGCUGGAGGAGGAGAGCACCCCCUUCCCCCCCCGCCCGAGGAGCCCCAAAAACCCCAGCGGGGACCCCCCCAGCCCGUGA